AUGACAUCAAAUUCAAAUAUUGUUCAAAUUUCAAUCGAGGAGAUGACAUCAAAUUCAGAUAUUGUUCAAAUUCCAAUCGAGGAGAUUCCAGAUAAAAAUAAGAAAAUUUUGGAAAUUGUCUGCUCGCCUAACUUGAAACAUGUUGCUGCAUUAGAUGAAGAUAGCAAUAUUAGUCUUUGGUCUAUAAUUAGUGAAGAGAAACUUUUGACAAAAGUAAAGACAUUACAUAUUGGAGAGAUUUGGACUAAAGAAAAUGGUGAAAAAAUAUUUGCAGUUUCAGAUAACAAAUACGUUUCAAUUAGCCUUAAUAGAGUCAGUACUUAUAAUUUCAAAAUUGUCGAUUUUGAAGCUGAAAAAGAUAUAUUAUUAACUUUUAAAGAUCGGCAGAAGGAAAUUGAUUACUUAUCCUUUAUUGAUAAUGGAGAUAUCAUAAUGGUCAAUACAAAGUAUUACAGAGCAUAUAUUUUUACAAGUAAAGAUCUUGUUAGUUGGGUUUGUAAAUCAAUGAUUGAGUUGAAAUAUUUUAAAAAAAUAUAUAUUACUCCUAAAGGCAAAUUGAUUAUAUUUAAUGAUACAAUUUAUGAGAUCUCGAUGUGGGACAUUGAAAAAUUAUCGAUUAAAACUCGUAUUUUAAUAGAUUGGAAUUAUACACUUGAAUUUAUUGAAAUUAGUGGUGAUGAGGAAUUAUUAAUAGUAUGUGCAAAAAAUGAGGAAACUGAGGAAACACGUUUAUACACUUUUUCCACCGAAAAUAGAAUGAAUCUAGCAUUCUAUACCACAGAAUUGGUAAUAGACAGACUCCACUUGGUCGCUUCUAAAAAAGGAGAAAGAUUAUUAUAUAUUUCAGGCGAGCAAUAUAACUUGAUGGAUCCUUAUUACCUUAAAAAUCCAAUAGAUGCGAGUAAACUUUUUAAACGCAUACAAAUUCAAAGACUUCACGAACCAUACAUGAUUAAUUCAGAUAAAAUAAUUUACACAAUUGAUGGGAAAGUAUUAAUUGAAAACUUGGUGCCCGAUAAUUGGGUCGAAUACUUACGGAAAGAACUGGAAGACACAAAUAGCAUUACAACUCCGUCUAAAAAGACAAUUGACAUUCUAACUGGAUUUUUAAAGAGUAAUUAUAACCCUGACAGAAAAGAAUUUAUAGGGAACUUUUUAAAAUGGAGAUUGGAAUUAGACCAUAAAUCAGUCAGGCUUACAGUAACUGAUUUUAAUUAUCGCAGGAAUGAAUGGAAUCCGGAUAAUCCAGAUGAUAAAAAAAAGCAUCUGGAUAUUUUUCCAUCGUUUUAUACUGAUGGAAAAAGAUUUAUACUUUAUUGUGAAGUUCUUGAAAACGAUGAUUUCAUUACGAUUACACGUAUUGGUGUAAUUAUCUGGACUUUUAAAUUUUCUGACAUUAAGAUGCUCUAUUAUUGGAAUGAUUGUGAUUGUCGUCUAGACAAGUUUGAUAUUGAAGAAUCUAAGUUUAAAGAUUUCAUUGAGGGCUUUGAGGACUACAGGAUAUCAGGACGAAUUCGAAUUCUUCCUGCUUCUAAUUACGAAACAAUCUGUAAAAAUUUAAAUGUAAGAUUUGAUCUCAUGGAAGCACUUCUUUCAUCAAAUGAUGGUAAAUGGAUUCGAUAUUUAGGCCAGCGCUGUUUGGAUAAGUGUGUGCAAAAUGAUAAUCAUAUGAUUUCUAAAAUUUCUUUGUUGGAUAUUAUUUUUGAAUACUUUGAUGAUUUAUCAUAUUAUCACCCUACAUUCAUGGCAAAUAUACUAUUCAGGAUAAGAUUUGUAGUUCCAUCUACUAUAUUAAACCUAGACUCUCCACAUCUUUCUAGUUAUGGAAGAUACUACCAUUUAUCUAAAACAUCAUCUCUUGAUAUAUUAAUUUCUAGUUUUCGAGAUUUCAAUCGAAAUGAUCUUGAAAGUGCUUUAAGGCCUUAUUCUCCUUAUAUCCAAGAUGAUGAAAAACCUUAUUUUUCACAGAAUCUUAGAGAAGUUCUUCAACUUGAUGAUGAAGAGCAACCCCCAAAAGAAUUAAUUAAGGAUUCGAAAACAAAUAAGUAA